AUGCACUUCUCCACGGCCACCAUCUUCGCCUUUGCCGCCCUUCUUUCCACCGGCUUUGCAGUCCCCGGCGGCAGCUGUGCCGACAAGGCCACCGCCUGCCGCAGCUCUGGCGGCCUCAGCUGCGACCAAGACGCCCAGAAGUGCUGCGACCAAAUCCAAGUCGUGUCUCCCAGUUCGGACAGCGAGCACUACCAAUGUUACCAGGACUCGGGCAUCGGGAGCAAGCUCGGCAAGCGCAGCAUCAGCGAGGACUGCGCUAGAAAGACCAAGUCUUGCCGCAGCUCCGGCGGCUCCGACUGCGACAGGGAAGCUCAAAAGUGCUGCGACCAGAUUGCCGUCGUCUCUCCCAAAGCCGACAGCGACCACUACCAGUGCUACAAGGACUCCGGCAUCGACAACCUCCUCGGAAAGCGCGACAUCAGCGAGGACUGUGCCAGCAAGGCCGAGUCCUGCCGUAGCUCUGGCGCCGCUGGCUGCGACGACGAAGCGCAGAAGUGCUGCGAUCAGAUCCAAGUUGUUUCGCCCAAGACUGAUGGCGAUCACUACCAGUGCUACCAGGACGCUAAGAUUGGCAGCCGUCUUUCCCAGUAA